CUGCCUUCAGCACAACAAAAGAAGAAGAAACACCAGCACCGUGACAGGAAGUGUGUACCAUAACAACGUGGGUUUUAUUGAAAUUGCCGGUGUUUUUAUCUGCAAUACUACAGCUGUUUUAACUACUAUCAACGAUGAAGCACACGGAGGUAAAGCAACAGCAUCUCUCCCUCUAUCUGGAAGUGUGUUCUGAAACCGAGGAGCCGCGUCUUCCGCUGCACACCUCCAUCACCCUCUUUCUCCUGUCCUACUGCGACUGCUCGUCCUUCAAAGUGUUCCUGGUCUUCACCAAACCUGCCAGCUCCAAGUCACUAAAGAGUCAGCUAGCGGAGUGCUUGGAUGUGUCUGACAUGCAGCUGGAGGAUCUGCCCCAGCUGGUCAAGGGCUGUCGCCUCCCUGCUGUUUUGGAUGAGACUGGGAGGCUUUGCAGGGCAGGGCUGGCGGUGGUCCUGAGGCAUAUCAUCCACAAGACCCUGGAGGCUGACCCUUCUAGAAAGGAUGUUUUGGCACUUCUGGGGUUCAAGAAGACCUGUCUGAAGGCCUGUGCCGAGGUGAGCAAGUGGACCAGACUGUGUGAAAUUGGCAUUCCCUCUGCAGUGGAAGAACACCUCACAAAUCCAACAAAUCAAUAUCAGCAGCUGCCUCUCUCCAUCCUCGCCCUAGAGCGAAGGCUGGCGGAGCCUGUCAAAGUCCACAAUGAUGACAAGAUACGGAGACAGAAACUCCAAGAGCAGAGACAGAAUGAAAAGAAUGAGUCCGCUGAAGGCCAAGGGAACCCUGAUUCUGAGCCUGAACCUGGACAGUCACCUAAGGUACGUGAUAGACUUGAGCUCAGGGCGGCUCUGGCCAAGCUGUCUGUGGAUUCAGUUCCGACUUCGACCACCAGAGAGAACUCUGAGAUCAGGAAAGUGAAGACCACAGACCUGCCUCCGCUGGAGCAUGUGUUUGCCGAAGGACUGUACUUCACUCUGACAGAUGUGGUGCUGCUGCCAUGUAUCUAUGAGUACUUGUGUUCCCUCCAAGCCCAUGCUGCGAGCACUCUACAUUUGCUCCCGUACCUGCUGCGUUGGUACAGCCGUGUUCAGGAAGUACCCGGGGUCCUUCGGGCAGCCGAUGCCUGUGGCAUGGCUCUUUCCAUCCCCCCAGGUCCCACAGCCAGCCUCCCAGGGCCUUCAGUAGAGGACAACCCAGCUAGCCUAUUGGAGCAAGAAGAAGGCCAGGAGCUGACCACACAGCUUCCCUUUGUCGGUGGCCCGAGGCCCACAAUGACUAAACUUAAAGAAAAUGGCAUCGAGGCAGUCUUUGCUCCUCAUCCUUGCCCUAUCUGGACCCUCCCCUGGGACUGCUUACCAGAAGCUAUCAACCCCACUGAAGGGAAAAUGUCAAAUAUCCGUGCAGUCAGGAAGAGGCAACAGCUGAAUAACUUGGUUGCCAUGGUUACAGAGCUUGCCAGGCCGGGAUACACCGUUGUGGAUUUCUGCAGUGGAACGGGCCAUGUAGGAAUUGUUCUGGCUCACACACUUCCAGAUUGCCAGGUCAUCCUCAUAGAAAACAAAGAAGAGUCCUUGGUCAGGGCCCAAAGUCGUAGCGCUGAACUCGGUCUGAAAAACAUUGGCUUCAUUCAGGCCAAUUUGGACUACUUCACUGGACCGUUUCACAUUGGGGUUGCCCUCCAUGCAUGUGGCGUUGCAACAGACAUGGUGAUGGAGCAUUGUAUCCAGGCGGGAGCCGCCUUUGUCAUCAGCCCAUGCUGCUACGGCUUCAUCCAGAAUGCAGUCAAGUUCACCUUUCCCAGGAGCAAAAGGUUUCAAGAGACUCUGACUUAUAAGGAACACAUGGUCCUCUGUCGCUUUGCAGACCAAACUGCUGUCCAGCUCCCUCCUGAAAGGCGACUCAUAGGAAAACAAUGUAUGGGCCUCGUAGACCUGGAUCGCUUGUGGGCAGCAGAGACUCAUGGGUACUCAGUACGGGUGAUGACUAUGGAGCCUGAAAGCUGUUCACCAAAAAACAACAUGCUGGUGGGAAGGCCGCCUCACAAGAGUGGACUGGAUGUCGGUGCUAGCCAACUGGAAACAAUGGUGCAUAAUUAGGACUUCAAGCACCGGUGCAGAGCAGAUCAUCUUCAUUGCGGUCAGGAUUUGACAAAGUACCUGCCCUCUGUGGUUCCUUUCUGCGUCAUCAUGGUGCCUGAGAA